ACCGGUCGCCCAUUUCCAUCCUUCCCUUCCCUCCCGCCCUCCUCGUCGACAGACGAGACGAUUCCCGCUCCCUCCCGUCGUCUCCUCCUCUGCCUCUGCUCGCGACCAACCGCCCUGCUCCCGCCGCCACAUGACGCAGGACGGCCAUGGGAUGCCUCCUCGGUAAGCUCGCGGACGCGCCGGGCUCCUCCCUCUUCUUCCCCGCCGCCGUGGCCGCGAAGGCCGGGGAGGCCGAUGCCGAGGCGCAGCUCAGCGCGCCGGCGCCGGUGCACAUCGCGGCGGUGAAGAAGGACGCCUCCGGGUGGCCGCUCUGGCUCUCCUCCGCCGCCGGCGACGCGCUCCAGGGCUGGGCGCCCCGCUCCGCCGACGCCUUCCAGAAGCUCGAGAAGAUUGGGUCGGGGACGUACAGCAACGUGUACAAGGCCAUCGAGGUGGAGACCGGGGCGGUGGUGGCGCUCAAGAAGGUGCGGGUGGAUGGCGUGGGCGAGGCCGAGAGCGCGCGCUUCAUGGCGCGGGAGAUCGCCCUGCUCCGCCGCCUUGGUGAGCACGACAAUGUCGUCCGACUCCAUGGACUCGUCACGUCACGCCUCGCCACCGCGCCAUCCCUCUACCUCGUCUUCGAGUACAUGGACCAUGACCUCACCGGGCUCGUCUCCGCCGCCACGGCCUCUGGCACACGGUUCACCUUGCCCCAGGUGAAGUGCUACAUGAAACAGCUACUGUCGGGAAUCGAGCACUGCCACAACAAGGGCGUUCUUCACCGCGACAUCAAGAGUUCGAACCUGCUUGUCAGCGAGGACGGGAUUCUUAAGAUAGCCGACUUCGGACUGGCCACUCAUUUUGAUCCUGAUAACCCGCGGCCCAUGACUAGCCAAGUGAUCACACUUUGGUAUCGUCCGCCUGAACUAAUGUUAGGCACCACUCACUACAGCGUUGGUGUUGAUCUUUGGAGUGUGGGUUGCGUGUUGGCGGAACUCCUUCUCGGCGAGCCUAUAUUCCCUGGACGAACAGAGGUGGAACAACUUCACAAGGUUUUCAAGCUAUGUGGUACUCCAGCAGACGAUUACUGGGAUAAACUGAAGUUACCACAUCAUACAUUCAAGCCAUAUGAGCGGUGUAUGGCUCAGAAAUUUAAGGACCUGGAACCAUCUACCCUAUCACUUCUAGAGACUCUCCUAUCUAUUGACCCAGAUAUGAGAGGCACCGCGACUGAUGCUCUAAACAGUGAGUUCUUCAGGACAGAACCACAUGCCUGUGAACCAUCAAGCCUUCCCCGGUUUCCGCCGUGUAAAGAAAUGGAUAUAAAACUGAAGUACGAGAAGCACAAAAGAAAAUUGAGGGCGAAUGGCUCAGUAGAACGUCAGACAACAACCAGAAAGCCCAUCUCACAAAAUCAUGGUCGUAGAAGAGUAUUUACUCCAGACGUCAAUAAUAGGCCACAUGGAAACCCAAAGAUACCAAGACUGGUGACAAGUACAAGCACAACCAAACUCGAGAGAUUUCCUCCGCCGCAUCUGGAUGCAUCAAUUGGUCAUAGCAUAGAUUCCUCGGCCGAUGUAACAACCAACGAGUUCUUCUCAUCAUCGGUUGUGGAACUAAAGAAAAUGCCGAGCCUACUAUUUGGUCACGUGAAAUCUUAUCUGAACAGCCCGAAGAAGGGAAUGCACAAAGCGAAGCCAAGCCUCACAAUGGCGCCUUCCACGGUUCUCAUAGGUGCAUUCCGGCCCUACUCGCUUGGCCAUCCGAUGGAGGUGAGAAGAAAGAAUAGGGAUCAGCUCAGAGCCAAAGGAAAAAUUCCAGUAGGUUUAGUCAAAUGACAAGCUAAUUAUGCCCCUCUUUUCUAAUCUUUUUUUUCUUCUCCUUUUCUUACAUCCCCUGGUCACAGUAGCUGUUCAUCUUAAUACACGAUAGAUAGGCUAUACUUGUAUAGUUAGAGAGCAUAAUAAAGUAGAGUUGUGAACAACGAUUCUAUGUACAUAUGAGAUUUCACCAGUGAAACGGAUUCAGGCCAUAUA